UUGCUGCGAAGACUGCAAGGCAGCAAAUAACAUGGUCAUGAAUCAUAUGUUUCGUAUUCUCCCUGUUUACAAUAUUCUCGAUGCAAGUUUCUUUGAUGACAGUAGAAAUUGCCGGAACAUAUUGCUUGAAAAACGAUGUUCGGCUGGAAAGUGGAACACACUGUCGAUAACUUACCAUUAAAAUCGAUUUUCCUGUUUGAUAUCAAAGACAAAUAGUUUUGAAUGAAAGAAGCAAAAAACGAACAUCUGCUGGAAUAUAAAUACAUUUUACUUUAAGUUGAUAAAAGAUUUUCUUUAGAAGCUACGACAGUUGUUUGCUUUCAACAAGACUUUGAUAUCAAAUUUAUUUUGCUUUGUUUACUCCCAAAACUUGUUUACUCUUUACCUUUAGCUGUGAUAGGAUUAACACAUUCAAACAAAUGCUAUGUUUGCACAUCAACUUUAUAAAUGAACGCCAAGGAGAAAGGCGCCCUGUGUUGUCGCCAGAAAUCACUGGGAAGCACAAACGAGGUGCUCUGAAGAAAAGUUAAAAGAAGAAGAUUAAAAUAAGGAGAAGCAAAAGCUGCUGUUACAACACAAAAUGAUUUGCUUUAAAAUAAUAUCUAUCGUCGUUGUUUUUGCUGUGUUUUACACAGCAACCAAGAAAGCCUUUGCGGAUCACUGCUCUAACCAGUUUCAAGCCAAAGGUUGUUUCGCAAACCUCCAGACGAAAGUUGAAUCGGAUCUGCUGAUAAGUGACAGAGAUGGUUCAUCUGGACACAGAGUCGACUGGGCGAACUUCCCUGCUUACUUGGAAGGGUUGGCUUGCCGUUGCCAAAAAGCGGCACAAGAGAAAGGAUUAACCUUGUUUGGACUGGAGUUUUGGGGAGAAUGUUGGGGAUAUACUGCACUCGAGGAAGAUAUAUUUAGCUCUCCAGCAGGAAAAUGCUACAACACACAAUUUAAAGAAUGCAAUGUCACCUCUGAUAAACUUUGCAUUGGUAGUGAACGCAUGGCCCUUGUAUACAAAAAUUUGGUUCCGUCAAAUUAUCCGAAAAAAAGCUGCACCUCUGUCACUUAUGAGCUCGGCUACUACUACCUCAACGCAUCGCUGCCGUUUGCCCCUGGAAGCAAGUACUGCAGAGUGGUCAUUCCCACCUCCAUAGACGAAUACCGAGGAAAUUACGUCAUCAGGGCACACAUGUACAAUAAGCGUGACGCUGAUGAUAAAGACUCUGGUAGCGGGGGCCUCCUGUUCAACGUUCAAGACAUUGAUAACUUUCAGUUUGUUUAUAUCAGAUUCAAUAAAGAGUUUCCUUGCUUCGAAUAUGGAGUGGUGCGUGAUGGAAAAACUGAUCUUUGGAAUUUUAAUCAAGGCUCCUGCAUCCACGCUUUGAGGCCAAAUGAAUGGGUUACCGUUAUGAUACAUAUGAAUUUUGAAGGAGCCUCGUUCGCAGUAAACAACCAAUACAUUGCGCUGCUGCCAAGCGUGCUGCCCAAGAGAGCAAAAGGGGGAUUGGUGACAGUAAAUGGACAGCACAAUCAGAUCACAUUCACGAAGUACUUUGCUUCUGUUUACAACUUUACAGACAUUUUAGCAGCAGGGAACAAGGGGUGAAAGCUGAUAACGCAAAAUUAUUUCUUGUAUUACAUUAGAAACAUUUGACAAGAAGAUGUUUUAAUGAAUAUUUUGCUGAGUAUACUGGACAGAAACACAUUGGCCAGACGAAUGUUGCGUUUAUUUCUUAAUUUAUGAAAACCGAUAAUACAUUUAAUCUGUUUCCACUGUUCAUGAUCUAACGUUGAUGUUUAAUGAAAUGUUUGAAUCGUC